AUGAAUAUUGCGAUUUCCGAAGUUCUAGAAGACAAGGGAAAAGCCGUGAAUCCCAGCGCCAAAACAAGGAUUAUAUAUGGCUUCGACAAUAAUGACAGAAGCAGAUUAAAGAAAGAAUGGACAAUGAUCUAUACUAAAUUUAUCCAGUCCGACCCAGAAAACACGGGCGCCUGUGAGAGAGCGGACAAAUUACAAA